UCACCAUGAGGAUUGACGUGGCUCUGCAGCUCAGCCUCUGUGCUCUGGCUCUCCCUCUGACUCUUUUUGAUGGAGGACUGGGAGAAGUACUUCCUGACCCUCCGGCCGUGAACUGUGUAUGGGGCCGCUGGACAGAGUGGAGUUCCUGUGAUCCUUGUACAAAAUACAGAAGGCGUUCCCGGACUGUUGAAGUGUUUGGCCAGUUUGGUGGUGAACCCUGCCAGGGAUCGAUAGGCGACAGAGAGUUUUGUGAAUCUACAGAAAACUGUUUGUCGUCAACUCCAAGUCCUUGUUUAGCCACAGAGUUCCAGUGUGGUACAGAACUGAAGACAUGCAUCAAAAAGAGACUGGAAUGCAACGGGGACUAUGACUGUGAAGAUGGCUCAGAUGAAGACUGUGAUCCUGUGCGUAAACCCUGCGGUACAUCAGAACUUGAAAACAAUGAGCAGGGCAGGACAGCAGGAUACGGGGUAAACAUCCUGGGUACAGAUCCUCGAAUGAACCCCUUCAACAAUGAUUACUUUAAUGGAAGAUGUGACAGAGUGAGGAAUCCGUACAAUGGGAAGUACGACAGGCUUCCCUGGAAUGUUGGUGUGCUCAACUAUGAGACUCUGGUGGAGGAAACCGCCUCCAGAGAAAUCUACGAGGACACGCACACCCUCCUCCGAGAGAUGCUGAAAGAACAGACUUUUAAAAUCGAUGCUGGGUUUUCCUUCAAAUUCUCUCCGAGUGAGCAGUCCAUGUCUAAUACGUCUGUGAACGUUGAAGCAGGGGCUGAAUAUUCUAGGAAAAACGUGAUUAAGGAUGUUACUGAAUACUCAACCAUUAAGAACAAGAGUUUCAUGAGGGUAAAGGGCAGAGUUCAGAUGAGCACCUACAGGAUGCGCUCCCGUGAGCUGAACGUUGCCGAGGAAUUCCUGGUGCACGUCAAAACUUUGCCUCUUGUCUAUGAGAAGGGCAUUUACUUUGCCUUCCUGGAGGACUAUGGAACCCACUACACAAGAAACGGGAAGUCUGGGGGCGAAUAUGAGUUGAUCUACGUUUUAAACCAAGACACCAUCAGAGAAAAGAAUAUAACAGAAAGAAAGGUCCAGGACUGUAUCAAAGCUGGGAUCACAGCUGAUGUUGGUAUCGCUGGUAAAGGAGAUAUAUCAGGACAUGUAAAACCUGAGAACUGUGACGAUUUCUCAAAUACAAAUACAGGCAGUGUUGAUGGGAAGGCACUGGUGGAUAAAGUCAUGACCUCAGUGAGAGGAGGAACUCUUGAAAGUGCUGUCGUUAUGAGAGCAAGGCUGAAUAAAGAGGGGACCAUGGACAUUGAUACGUACCAACAAUGGGCCCGGACCAUCGCAGAUUCUCCUGCACUCCUUAACAGCGAGCCAGAACCCAUCUAUACGUUGAUUCCUCUGGAUUCACCCAACGCAAACACCAGGGUAACAAACAUAAAGAGAGCCAUAGAAGACUAUGUGGCUGAGUAUAAUGUGUGUAAGUGCAAGCCCUGUCAGAAUGGAGGCACGCUGGCUCUGCUGGAUGGGAAGUGUAUCUGUAUGUGCCAGUCCCAGUUUGAAGGCCUUUCCUGCCAGAACUACAAGGGGGAUAAAGCACAACACACAGGUAAGAGACCUGCAGUUAAUCAAGAGGGUAACUGGUCCUGCUGGUCAUCCUGGUCCACUUGUAGUGGAGGGAAAAAAAGGAGGACUCGCAGCUGCAACACAGCUGGUCUCUCUGGAGCUUCAUGCAGAGGAGACACCACCAGCGAGGGACACUGCUGAGCAGGACGAAGUCCAUCUGUCAAACAAAAUGAUUAAAAACACUGCACAAACAAUAUCUAAUGGUUUUAAGACAAGCAGUUAGUUCCAAAUAAUUUACUUUAUUUUGGUUUAAAUAUCGAGUUUUGUGGCUUGAAAUUUUUCUCUUAAUUAAAUAUUCUGUAUGUGCAUCGUUGUAUGUCUUAAAGUAAAGUACACUUUACUAAGU